AUGAAGAGGGAUGUAGCAGACUGGGUUGCGAAGUGCAACACUUGUGCCUUGGUGAAGGCAGAGCAUCAGGUUCCGGGUGGUCUUUUGCAGAGUUUACCCAUUCCAGAGUGGAAGUGGGACAGGAUUACGAUGGAUUUCGUGAAGACAGAUGGAGCUGCUGUCUUGGCUAGGAAGUUUGUGCGAGAGAUUGUGAGGCUGCAUGGAGUGCCAGCUAGUAUUGUGUCAGACCGUGAUCCCAGAUUCACUUCAGAGUUUUGGAGGGCGUUUCAGGCAGAGAUGGGCACUAAGGUGCAUCUGAGUACAGCUUAUCAUCCGCAGACAGAUGGUCAGUCAGAGAGGACUAUUCAGACUUUGGAGGAUUUGCUGAGGAUGUGUGUGUUGGAUUGGGGUGGCCAUUGGGCAGAUCACCUGAGCUUAGUUGAGUUUGCAUACAACAACAGCUUUCAGGCGAGUAUUGGCAUGGCUCCAUUUGAGGCUUUGUAUGGGAGGCCAUGUAGGACACCCCUAUGCUGGACCCAAGUGGGGGAGCGCAGCAUGUAUGGAGCUACUUAUGUUCAGGAGACGACAGAGAAGGUUCGUGUUGUGAGGCUGAACAUGAAGGAGGCUCAGGAUAGGCAGAAGAGUUAUGCAGAUAGACGCAGACGAGAGCUUGAGUUUCAGGUUGGAGAUAGAGUUUAUCUCAAGAUGGCUAUGUUGAGGGGUCCUAACAGAUCCAUAGCAGAGAACAAGCUGAGUCCGCGAUUUAUGGGUCCGUUUCCAGUAGUGGAGCGAGUUGGGCCAUUGGCUUACAGGCUGGAGUUGCCUGAGAUUAUGAAAGCCUUUCACAAGGUUUUUCAUGUGUCGAUGCUGAGGAAGUGUCUUCACCCUACAGAGGAGUUAGUGGCUAGGAUUCCAGAGGAUCUUCAGCCAGAUUUGACAUGGUUCUACAGAGGAGACUUGGGAGCCAGAGGCAAAGAUGAAGUUGAAGUUCAGGAAGUGGUUCGACAAGCAGGCGACGUAAAGCUUGCGUCGGUCGACGCAGCCGGUUUAGUCUGA